CUCUCUCUCAAAAUUUCUACCUAGAAUCAGAAAAAAUUAGAGACAGGCGCAAUUUUGAAUUCAGCGGAAAAUCGGAAUCGAGGAAAUGGUGAAUAUUCCGGCGAGGUUCGGAAGGAUGGCGGCGGCCUUCGACGAGAUGUCGAGAGAUAGGUCGUUCGAGAGCAGCGGCAGCGAGCACUCCGCCGAUUUGUCCGAUCUCGUCAAUUCCUUCUUUGAGAGAGAAAUUAGGGAGCAGAGAAUCGGCAGAGAUGGCAAUCGAAACGGAAAUCAAGUUGAGAUCGACGAUGAUGAAUUUGAGAGUAAUUCGCAGGAUUCCGGAUUCCAUGAUUGUUUGAGUAAAUUGUUUGAUCGCGACGACGAUGUUGGAAGAAGCAUAUAUACAGAGGUGGAGAAGGCGUUGGAAUUCGUCGGCGGCGAGAAUUUGUCAGCGGAAUUCAAUCGGAGACUAAUGGCGCGAUUGCGAAGUAGUGGCUUUGAUGCCGGCAUUUGCAAAUCAAAGUGGGAGAAGAGCGGCGGUCAACCGUCGGGGAGUUACGAGUACAUAGACGUGAACGCAGGCGGCAGCCGCUACAUAGUCGAAGUUUCCUUGGCCGGAAAGUUCACAAUCGCGCGUCCGACCGCCGCCUACACGGCUUUGCUAAAUGAAUUUCCGGCGAUCUUCGUGGGGAGACCAGUGGAGAUGAAGCAAGUGGUGAACCAAAUGUCUAAGGCGAUUAGGAAGUCGAUGGAGAGCGUCGGCCUAAACGUACCGCCGUGGCGGCGCGUGAGCUACAUGCAGGCCAAGUGGUUUAGCUCCUAUAAACGAACCACUAAUGAAAUUCCGAGAGCGGAGGCGUUCAGUGGUUUUGGAGGGAAUAGAUCAGUUGAUUUUGCGGCGGCGGCGCCUGUUUUGUUUGUCUGCAGAGAGGAUUUUGCGGCCAAACACGGCGUUAGAGUUGGUAAUUUGGCUGCGGCUUUCAAAUGCUGAUCUAGUUAGAUUGAAUCAAGAACAGUAUAGCCUCCCCAUUUUUGCUUUAUUUUUUUUAUUAUUAAAAAAAUGAUUAAUAAUGAUUCUUCAUUUUAUUGUAUAAGUCAAACUUUCGAUUAUUGAUCGGACGAAAAACGUAUAACCAAUCAAGUUGCAGUAAAUGUAAAAAUGUUAGUACUCCUAAAUUAAAGGAA